AUGCUAAACUCGUAUAGCACCAGCGUCAAAGAUAUCAAAAGCAACAAACGGUAUCAAUCCUCCACAGCGUCGCUACAUCCCGCCCUCCAGGAAGGCCCCAAAUCCAAGCCAAAUUGUACUUCUCACCUGCCGCAGCGGAAUCCCCUUUACAUGACGGUGCAGGGAAUGGGGAUGCAGCAGCACUCGUAUCCGUCGCACUCGAUGCACUUCGUCUUGCCGCCCGUGGCCUCGGCGGGCUUGACGAUGCUGUCGAUGAUGGAAGUGGCGGCGCUGCCGGGGCCGUUGCGGUUAAUAAGGCCGGAGGAAGCUGAGCCGCAAGCCAUUGUGAUUGUGGUUGGUGAUGGAAGAGCUUGGUAG